UCCUCGCACCCUGCGCCUCUCCUCUCUGCAGCGGUACACACCCUGAGCUCAGAGUGGGACCACAUCGCUCUUCUACGCUCCCGUGCUGCGAAAAGAAGAGUCCAACAUGCUAGCCUUCUUGGCUCUGGCACUGGUUGCGCUGGUGGGGAUAGCCCCACAGUCCCAGGCCAUCGUCAUUUACACGGGCUGGGAGCGCCACGCCCUGGUCGGCUCUGAUGUGCGGCUGUCCUGCUCUUUCUUCUCCUGGCGCUGGACCUCUGAGGAUGUGACCUUUUCCUGGAGCUACCGGCCUGAUGGUUCCAGGGACAGCAUCUCAAUCUUCCACUACACAGGCGGUGCCCCUUAUGUUGACAACAAGGGCCCAUUCAGGGACAGGCUCGAGUUUAUCGGGAACCCGAGUCGCAGGGACGGCUCCAUACUCAUCAAGAAUGUGGACUACAACGACAAUGGGACGUUCACCUGCGAUGCCAAGAACCCCCCAGACAUCGUAGGCCGUCCCUCCAGUGUCCGCCUGCUGGUUUUUGACAAAUUGCCUGUGCAAGCCGGCGUGAUCACUGGAGCAAUCAUCGGGGCAGUUCUGGGCCUCUUGGUGCUGAUUGUGGUCAUCUACUACUUGAUGAGGUUCCUGGUGGCCCGCCGUGUCUUCAACCUCAGCGUAAGCAAACAUGGCAAGAAGGGGAAAGGUAAAGAGGGAUCUCAGCCGAGACAGGGGCCCGCCCUCUACGCCACCCUGGACCAGUCCAAACUGAAGGCCUCGGCCUCCGAAAAGAAGAAGCAGGAGUCCCGCAAGGAUAAGAAAUAGGAUUCGGGGAGCAGAGAGCUAGAACCCAGAGACAAAGGCCAGCUGGCCCAAUCCAAAUCCCAGAGACAGAAACAGAAAGCGGGGGGGCAGCAGGAAGGGCAGUCGCCCAAAACGGGCAGGGUGCUCAUGACCAUCGAACUGGAGCUGACCAAAGGGGAGGGUGAGGGGGAGGGAGGCAUGCCCAAAAAGUCACCCAGCUUUCUGUCUCAACUGGCCAACAAACUGACCCAAAAAUAAAGCGCAGGAAGGAGGGGACGGGACGGGACGGGACGGGGAUAGGAAGGUCGGGGGCGUCUCGGUCUCGAGCGAGGCCGUCCACCAGGGCCCCGAUGAAGUCUAACCCAAGGGUGGAGCACUCCCUCCUUGUAGGGGCAGGGCUCAACCCCGUCUUUCAUUUGACAGCGGAGCAAAAAUUAUGAUUAUGCUGAAAUACCCGAAGCAAACGAUUUCUCGAAAUUGGACACAAAAGGCGACGUUCCUAAAUGGCACUUUCUAAUCUUUCAGAGCUGAAUUUGACAAAAUAACCCUUAAAUUUCUCAGUCUUCUUCAGACCUGACUGGACAGCUUAAAUUGAACUUCUUCCAAAAGGAGCAUCAACAAUGCAAUCACCGCUCCGGGGCUCUUCCGAUUUCCACGUGUUCGGGGACACUUGUUUCUCUCAUGCUUUACUUCGUCUCAAGUGUUUUGGAGACCAUAGCGAUUAAUUCUGGCCGCCCUCUCUCUCUUUUCUCUCUCUCUCUCUCUCUCUCUCUGUCUCUCUCUCUCCGAUAGAUAUUCUGAGUUCCCUUUUCCCACGCUCUGACUGGCACCAGGCUUCUUCGACCUCCCCCAUGCCCCCCCCACGAUACCUUCCCCAACUGAUGCUGUAGCUAGAUGCCACUCCAGCUCCGCCCCCAGAGCCCUAACCCCACCCCUCUGACACAACUGCCCGCCCACUCCAGUGUCUGAUUGGGUGAGUCGACACUCCUCCCCACGGCAAACACUCCGGUCCCACCUCCUUACGCAGCAGCAUUGGCCGUGCGGAUUUCUGUCCGGGUGCGAGAGGGGACAGAAAACGUACGGCGUUCCUGGAGAAUGUCGAGUUUCCGGCAAAGCGCCGCUGAACGGCAGAACCCCGUCAAAACCACAGCGUCUCAAACGUGUUAAAGGUGCUGAGGGACACUUAGCUACAUGCAGCUGGUCUCUCCUUGUUGGUCUUCUGUACCUCAGGAUUCUUUUCUUACCUCACUGUUAAAGGCAGAUCCUGGCAGAUGGCUUAGAUCAGAGCUCGGAACGAGGACCAGCAUCUAUUGGUUGUUUUGCUGGAUCCGCCGUUGUUUCCACGCACUCCUUGUUCAGUAGAUUUGGCUCCUUUGGGUACACGUAGAAUUCCAAAUUUCAGAAACCGCCCAUUCCCUCCCUACUUUAAAGAAUGCAUGUGGUUCUUCUGGAGAAAUGUCAGGCGGGUGGACAUCGUCGCACGCCGGAGCACGGCUCAGCCCCUACUCUUCCAGCUGAAGGGUCUGAAGGUGUGUCGGCGUUAGUCGGUUGCUGCACUGUAGUGACACGGAGUGUGUGCUCACAUUGGACCAUCGCUUUGUUUGUGGUCGGUGACUGAGACCGCCAAAUGACGUCGAACUGACCGCACGAGCGGAAGGGAGGGCAGUGGUCCAACGAAAGGCACUGGCGUCACGCUGGCGUCACACCGGCGUCCACACUUUGCUGCGGAACCUCGGUUCUUCAAGUCCGGCGAGCUCUUCAGCGAAUCAUGUUGGAGGGAAAUUGUUUUAGCGCUUAUUUGCUAAAGGACCGUUUCCUUUGCGCACCGUCCCGGCGCCACACCCCCACACCCGCGGGUCUAAAGUCCAGGCGGAGGCGUUCCAUCAGCAUUCAGCCUGGUUGGUUUCAGACUUUCAGACUCACGUACCCUACGGCCCCAUCCUCCCCGAUCCUCCUCUUGCCACUGACACCCCCCUACCCCGACCCCGAGCAGCCCUCUCCUUCGCGCCUUCUUUUCUGCUGGUUGGAAACAGCAACGCCGCCCCCCCUCCCCGGCCCCUAAAGAUCCACGUCCAGACCAAAUCCUCCUUCCUGUCCAUGUUAUCGUAAUGACGGCAAAACGAAGCCCUAAUUCCGCUAGCUCUCUGCCCGUUACAAGGUUGUGUGUUUAUGUACGUGUGUAGACAGAUAAAACUUUGUUCAUACCAUCAUAAAUAAAGCAAAUAAUGACAGACAGACAUUUUACAUGUGUAUAAAAAUAUGCAAAAACAUGUUUGAGGGCGGCAGAAAUGUAAUAGUAUUUAAUGAUAUUUAAUGAUAUUUCUGUCCUCCUCCUAGUGAUCCCAUUGGCUGUUUUGUGGAUGAAUGUGUUUCUGCAAAGUUUUUUUUUUUUUUUAAAAAUUAAAUUAAAUUGACCUGGAGAAUGAUGGAGAAGAGGGAGUAGCAGCAGACUCCAGGGCUUGGCAGAGGUGGGACACUGCUGAUCUCACUCCUGCUCAUCCUGGGAAGAAAGACGGGGCUUAACGAAGGAAGUUGUGGGGAAAAGCGCUUUCACUGUACAGCCAAGCCAAAGUCCACGUUUACCAUCAGUGAAAGUUUUCUCCUCCCUUCUUACCCUCAUGUGUGCCUCCGGAAACCAAGGCAAGCGUGAUCGGAACGUGAUAUUGAGCAGGUGGUCAUGGGUAAUGUAAUUAGGGUAUCGUCUUCAACUGAGGGGUGAUUAUGGAUGGUGCAGUUAAAUUUACCAUAGUGAAUUCCCUCACUGGAGAGAGGAACAUGUGCCCUGAUGGUUGCACAUUUUCACAUGUUCUGUUUUUUUUUCCAUUUCCAAAUGCAGGACAUACCGUCGUCCACAGUCCAGCCACAUGGAUACCUGACAUAUGACAAAAUACAUAAAAAUGUCUUGAAAACUUGGUGUACGUACUGUGUUCUUCAUUGGGUUUCAUUUAGACGUAACAUUCCUUUAUUUUGUCACAUGGUGAUUAACAGCUUCUUGUUUUUUUUUUACAUUUCUUAUUAUUUUUAUCCUAACUAAGACGAUGUACUAAUUCCACUGUUUUAUGAAUUUCAGUGUAUAAAGAGAAACAAUAAACACAACCUGGUUGUAAAAUGGAUAAAAGGAAAUAAAGUGAAACGAACAGAA